AGACUUCUGAGUGAACAGUGAAUCGAUACCUGAGGAAAACCAAAGACCUGUGUACACAGGCCUCAAUUAGACACCAGCUACUGGAAGAGCUUGCUAAGAGACUGACUGAAAUAUUCUCCAGUAGAUAUGGCUGCAAACUGCACACCCUCAUGGGGUCAGGGACAAGCCUGCAACAGUCCUGCGUCAGAGCUGCCACGGUCUGUGGCAUCCUCAGAAACUCCACUUGGAAAUCAUGACCGGGACCCUGAGACUUGUCACAUGAACUUCAGGAUGUUCAGCUGCCCGGAGCAGUCGGACCCCAUCCAGGCUCUGAGGAAACUCACUGAGCUGUGCCAUCUGUGGCUGAGGCCCGACCUCCACACCAAAGAGCAGAUCCUGGACAUGUUGGUGAUGGAGCAGUUCAUGAUCUCCAUGCCCCAGGAGCUCCAGGUCUUAGUCAUGAUGAACGGUGUGCGGAGCUGCAAAGAGCUGGAGGACCUGCUACGGAACAACAGAAGACCCAAGAAAUGGUCUGUGGUCACCUUUCAGGGAAAGGAAUAUAUUGUACAGGACUCAGAUGUCCAGAUGGCUGAAGCCCCUGCCAGCGUCAGGGAUGAUCUGAGAGACAUGUCCAGCCAGCAGGCCUCCUCUGUGAACAACAUGCACCUGGGGGAAGGCCAGGCCAGCCGAGAGCUGCAGACCCUGCCCAGGGUCCCUGCACUGUCCAGGGGGCAGGGAGAGGACUUCCUGCUACAAAAGAGUGUUGUCAUGAAAGGUGACCCAAAGGUUCUGAGACCCAAGCAGAACCUGGAGAAGGAUCUGAAGGAAAACGGCAAAGAGAACCCAGGACUCACAUCCCCAGAGCCGCAGCUUCCACAGGGUCCCACAGAUCUGGUGAGAGCAAAGGAUGGGAAGGAACCCCCAAAAAGAGCCUCUGUGGAGAAUGUGGUUGCUGACACAGCUUCUGCCUGCACAGUGGAGACAGAAGCUCACAGCGAGGACAGAGGAGACUCUCUGAAUCCGAGAGGUCCCAAAAGAAGCAAACCAGACACCACCUCCAUUUCCCAAGAAGAGCCUCAAGGAGGAGCCACACCUGUGGGCAACAGAGAAUCCUCGGAACCAGCUGGGAUGAAUCCAGUUCAUUCCCCAGGCCCUGCGGAUGCAGGCAGUCACCCCGAUGGCCAAGAAGCCGUGGCACUGCCGCCCUUUACAUGUGACGUGUGCAGUAAAAGCUUUACAUGCAAUUCCAAGCUAGUCAUCCACAAGAGAUCACACACAGGAGAGAGACUCUUUCAGUGUAAUCUCUGUGGCAAGCGCUUCAUGCAG